AUGGAGAUGUCAGCAACCUCAGCACUGCAGGCAGAGGCCAUCUGCCCAAUCUGCCAGGACAACCUCAACAAUCCUGUGACCCUUAAAUGCCAGCACAACUUCUGUGUAACCUGCAUCCGCAUGAAAUGGAAGAAUCUACUGAAAACAUUCCCUUGUCCUGUCUGUCAUCAGACCCAAGAGGGGAGGCGUGUCAGUGUCAACCCACAGCUGGGAAGGCUGGUGGACCUGGCCAACUUCCUGCAGGGCUCCAGGGACAGCAGAAUGGCACGGGAAAAUGAGCCCAGGUGUGCAGAGCACCAGCAAGAGCUGAGCUUCUUUUGUGAAGAUGACAAAAAGCUGAUGUGUGCCAUGUGUACCAAAUGUCCUGAACACCAAGGCCACCAUAUAAGAUCUAUGAAGGAAGCUGCAUCCCAUUAUAGGCAACAGCUUGGCGAGUACAUUCAUCUUUUGAAGAAACAGAUGGAAGAGGUGAAGAGACUGAUAGUCACCCAAGACAGGAAGAUCCUGCAACUGCAAGAGGAGGUGAGAAAGCAGAGGAUGCAAUACAACUUGGACUAUGAGCAGUUCAAGCAGUUUAUGGACUGUGAGAAAAACGCAUAUCUUACCAGGAUGGAGGAAGAAGAGAAUCACCUGCUAAGGCAGCACAAUGUUAGCAUGGCCGCCCAUUCAGCCCACAUCGACAAGCUGAGGGACCUCAUCGUGGAGGUGGCAGAGCUCAGCGAGAUGUCGGAGGAGAUGGUUCUGAGGGGCCUAAAGGGCCUCCAGCAGCACUACAAGGGCCUGGAUCCGGCCCCAGCCGUGCAGCUCCUCAACUUCAGGCCCUUGUACUACAGCCUUCCUCCUCUGUGCUCAGUGCUGAGCAACAUCAUCCAGAAGUUCCGAGAAAAUGUCACUCUAGAUCCCCAAACAGCUCACCCCACUCUGUGCGUGUCUGAGGAUCUUAAGUCUGUGACCUGGGUGAAGCAAAGGCUCAGAGUGGGUGAGAAACCCAAGAUAUGGGAAGCCACCGCUGCACUGGUGGUCCUGGGCCGGGAAAGGUUUGCUUCUGGUCGACAUUACUGGGAGGUGCAGGUGGGCCACAAGCCCGAGUGGGCCGUGGGCGUGUGCACAGAUGCCCCUUGCAGCGAGGGGCAGUGGUUCCCAUCAGGUAGAAAGAGACAUUGGAUAAUCCAGCUGCAGGACGGCAAGUACCUGGCUGCAGGCUCUGCGGUGGUGCCGCUGUUUCAGACGGACAAGCUCACCGUGAUAGGCAUUUACCUGGACUAUGAGCUGGGCCAGGUUUGCUUCUACAACGCUAGUGACAGGUCUCACCUUCACUCUUUCUCAGAGACCUUUGUUCAGGUACUAAAGCCGUACUUUGGUACCGGAUGUGACUCUGAACCUCUUAGGAUCUGUGUAGUAGAUUAUGAAGGAUGA